AUGGAUAAUCCUGUGGACGAGAAGACGGCGUCGGAAGGACAAUCUACCAUGGAUGUGUCCUCUGAAGAGAAAGGAUCAGCGGAACAGUCUUCCCUUGAGACAAAAUCCAAGAAGCCGCUCUCUUUCCAUCUGGCCUUCCUGGGCCUGCUGUUCAUGGUGUUCAUCGUGUCGCUGGACACGACCACCCUGGCGGUGGCCAUCCCCAUCAUCGCCCGCGAUCUCGGAGGCACAACCUUGCAGUCCUUCUGGGCCAGCACCUGCUUUAUGCUGGCCGUAUCCGUCGUGCAGCCUCUCUACUUGAGCGGCUCAGACGUACUCGGGCGCAAAAUCCCGCUGUACACCGCAUACUUUCUUUUCAUCGUCGGCUCGCUCGUCUUCGCCCUGGCCCCGAACAUGGCCACUGUUAUUGUCGGCCGCACUAUUCAAGGGCUCGGGGGCAGCGGCCUUGACGUGCUAAACGAGGUUAUCACCGCUGACAUGACCACAAUGAAAGAGCGCCCGAAAUAUCUCGGUCUGCUGGCUAUCCCCAUGGCUGGCGGCGCCCUGCUCGGUCCCAUUAUCGGCUCGCUCUUCACUCAGUACGUUACCUGGCGCUGGAUCGGCUGGAUCAACCUGCCUCUCAUCGGGGCGAGCUUCAUUCUUACCUUCUUCUUCCUGCGCCUGCGCCCCGUCGAGGGCACAUUACUGCAGAAACUUGGUCUCCUGGACCUGCUCGGCAUGGCCCUGUUCGUUGCUGGCUGCGCCGCCUUCGUCCUCCCGCUCAGCUGGGCCGGGGCUCUCUACUCCUGGGGCUCCUGGCGGACUCUCCUCCCGCUGAUCCUCGGCUUGGUCGUCCUGUCCCUCUUCGUCGUCUACGAGCGUGUUCCCGCGCAGCCCGUCCUGCCCUACCGGCUCUUCAAAUCCGCCACCGCCAUCACCACCUUUCUCGGUGGCUUCCUCCACGGCCUGGUCACCUAUACCCUCAACACCUACCUCCCGCUCUUCUACCAAGCCGCCUUCUACGAUACUCCCCUGCAUGCCUCCGUUACUCUGCUCCCCAUGAAUGUCAUGUCCCUGUUCUUCAGCUGCGUCUCGCCAAUCUCCGUCAGUUACCUCCGCAAAUACCGCGUGAACAUCUGGACGGGCUGGGUGUUCCUCACGGUCGGGACUGGACUCCUUCACAUCAUCACCCCCGCCUCAUCCGUAUCAUUCCGUACGGGCCUCCCCAUCGUGGUCUCCCUGGGAAUCGGCGUUCUCUUUACCGUUCUCGUUCUCCCAGUGCAAGCCAGCGUUGUCAGCGUCGACGACACGGGGUUUGCCGCCGGCUUAUUGGUCUUUUUCCGAUUACUGGGCGGGUUGGUCGGUCUUGCAAUCGGGUCGACAGUGUUUAGCAGCGUUUUUGCAAAGUCGAUCAAGGCGCUGGGAGCCCUGCCUAGCAGCCUGGCCGCGCUGGAGAAUAGUCAAGCCGCGGUGGGGUUUAUUCCUCAGUUGAGGGAUCUGAGGGGACAGGUGGGGCAGGAGGUCUUGGAUCAGGUGACAGGCGUGUAUAGUCAUUCAUUCCACGUUAUUUGGAUUGCGUUGAUUGUCUUUGCGGGGGUGGGGUUAGUGGCGUCAUGUUUUACGAAGGAGGUGAGUAUGGAGAAGGAGGAGCUGGGCAGGCAGCGGUUUGAGGAUCUAGCAUCUCACCUGCAUCUGGUCAUCUCCACCCCGACCCCGACCCCGACUCCGCAAAUCUGCGAUUCCUGCGAACCAUGCCGCAAAUCCAAGAUCCGAUGCGAUCACACCGCCCCUUGCGGCCGAUGCCGGCGCAGACGCAAGCCGGCCCUGUGCGUAUACCAACCGGCCCCGAUGUCCAAGCAUCCGAACAGGACGGAUCGCAGCUCCACCGAUUCCAUCUCGUGCGGAAGUGGCAGCAACAUUACUACCAGUACCAGUAUCAGCAGUGCCUGGACGAGCCCGCUGCCUCCUCCCUCGCUAGUCACUCCGCCCUUGCCUCCGGGCCAUCUCCGUGAUGGCUACCUCGCCGAUUGUAGUCACCGCGGCACCUCGACCCCCAGCACUGGCGUCUUCGGGCCCACCAGCUACCUGUCCGUGCUGCGCGACGACGUUGACGAUGGCUCGUCCAGUAUAGCCCUCUUUGCUAAAUCCCUGCAGCAAAACACCAGCGCCAUCAUCGACGACAGCCAGAUCCAGCUUGGCGCCGAGCUGCUCCUCAUCCUGCUCGAUGAUUUUGCUCUAUACGAACGCAUGGCCACGGCGCGGUUCGACCACUGCCAAGGCGAUUUAUUUCCCCCAUCUGCCCUGCGUCUGAUCCUGUCUUCCAUCCGAACUAUGCUGCACGAGGCCAUUUCCGAUCCCGCUAAUUCGCUCCCUUCUCUACUUAUCCUCUCCCGAAGCAUUUUUACUGCCUCCUCCAAACCAUUAAUCGUAGACCCUUCCAUCACCCCCACGGAAUAUUUUUCCUCUAUGCCGAACCGCUGGGAGCUUAUAGGGCUAGUCUUUGCUGUGAUUGGUUCCAGCGCGUGUCUCCUCCCGCAACACGAUCUGGCUGCGUAUUCCCCACCGAACCGUCCCCCACUUGACAAAAAGGGUCUUGCAGCUGUCUGUGUGUCCGCGAGUGAAAUCUGUCUUCGUUUUUUCGACUACACCGGUGUCAUCUCCGAGCAGUUGUGUUGGGUGACGCUGGAACAUGCUUCGCUUCUUACCCUGCUUUAUGGGGAUUACGACUACCGUCCCUACAAAACCCUCUCUGCACUCAUAACCCUUCUCUUCACCCUGGGCUACCACCACCGCGAUACCACAUCGAAACUCCCUUUCUUCCGCGCGGAACACCGCAAACGCCUCGUCGUCGCCACCUAUGCCAUGGACAUAGGGCUCUCCACAUUCUUAGGUCGUCCACCCCGCAUGAUCCGUCGGUAUAUCACCAUCGACCCGCCACUGGACAUAGCCUUCACAGAUAUCAUAGCCUCGCCAGAAGUUCUCGACGCUGCGAUGACACGGCUAGAUAACAAUGGGUGGAACGCAGAGGGAGCGUAUACAAGGGGAUCAUACGCGAGAGCAUGCUUCAUGAUGGGGGUUGUAAGAGAGACAGUACUAGAGAUUUCUCUGGAUCCGAAAAUCGGGGAAGGAGAGGGGCCAGGGUUGGAGGAAAAAAUUACAGAAAUAUCCACCCUCGCCGCAAAAACGCGUCUUUCGCUCCCCUCAUCGCUGUACCGUGUCAGCACGCCAUCGGACUUCAACCGUUGCCCCGAGACAGCUAAAGUUUGUCUCUUCCUGCACAUGGACUCACUUUAUGAUGAGUUCAUUCUCCAGCGGACCAUAGUCCAGCGGACGGGCGCCAGCACAGAGAAAUUGAUUGCUGUCGCGCACGAGCUGCUGGACAACCUAUUGUUGUUGAUUGCCAAUCGCGCUGUUGGUGGGUGGGAUGGAAAUUCUGUUGUUUGGAUUAUGUCCUCACUCGGUCUCCCCCCGGCCGGUGUCCUGGCUGUCGAACUGCUGCGUCGGUUCCAGAACCCCGAUUCUGAUUCUCAGUCAGCGGCCUUUCCCCGCUCGGAAAUCAUCCAAAAUCUGAGCCGCUUUGCUGCAGAUCUUGAGUAUGUGGUGUCCAGGCAGGCAGGGAAUUAUGAUGUUUGUCAGCAGGCGAAGUCUGUGAUAAGGCAUAUCCUUGAUCUGGUAUUGGGGGGAAGGGGGGCGGAUGUGGAGACGCGGGAGGAGGAGGAGGGUGGAGAAGGGAGUGGAAACACCAGGGGAGAUGUGGAAGGUGGAGGGACAGCGCCAGAGUUUGUGGCACGGGAUUGGAUAUCAUGGGAUCUCAAUGCCUGGAUGGACGAGGAUUCGGAAUUGGUCAGAUGGUUGAAUAGUUUCGAGUAG